AUGUCACAAGCACUAAUGUUAAGGUAAGUUAAUUAUAGGUUUUUAGCACUCAAAAUAGCAUUGACUACUUCAUCUUUUAGUUAUAGAUUUUCUCUAACAUAGAAGUACUUAAGGGAUUCAACUACUUUAAGAUAAUCGGAGAAUAUUGUUUUAAUAGAUUUUUGUGUUAAGUUGAGUGCUCCUAAACCUAAUGCGUUGAGAGCAAUUGAAUUUUCUUAAAGUAUUUUAAAAAUAAUACAUAUUCCUUCUUCAUUUAACAGCUCAUUUUGGCUCAAAUCUAAGUUUUUAAUAAGUUUCAAUUAAGGAAUAAUAAUAGCUGCUGAUUUUUCUGAUAAGUUAGUUUUUCUGAGGCUCAAUGUGGUAAGCUAAUUUAAAAUGGAAGUGUGUUUUAAAUCUGUUUCAUUUUGCAAGUCGUUGAAGAGAUUUUCAUUACCUUCUAAGUCCAAAUAUUCUAACCUAGAUAAAUCAUUUGAUAGCCAAACAUUGAGCAAAUCAGUAGUUAACCUGAUAUUUUUUAAGUAAAGUCUUUUUAAAUUAAAUUUGACAGCAGCAUUAUCAUUAUUCUAUUAGAAAUUGUAUAAAUCUUUUAAUUCGGAGUCCUCAAUAAUUUCUCUAAUAUCAGAAAGAUCUAAAACUUCUAAUCCAGGAAUAAAAGGGAUCUUUUUUAAGUUUUUGUAGCCUUCAGGAAUAAUCUUUGUGAAAGAUAAAUCCAAAUGUUUAAGGUUUUUUCCUUUCGCAGCAUCUUCAGUAGUGAAAGCAUUUAAGUUGAUCAUUUGA